AUGUCUGCUGUUGCCAAGAGUGCCGCCACCAAGUUGAACUGGGCCCAGGUCAUUGCCAAGUUGGGCUUGACCGGAUCCACCGCAUCUUCUUUGACUGCUUUCAAGAAGAGAAACGACGAGGCUAAGAAGGAGUUCCAGGACUUGAACUCCCAGUCCACCGAAGUCGACUUUGAAUUCUACAAGAGUGUGUUGAAGAACCAGAAGGUCGUCGAGGAGAUCCAGAAGGCCGUUUCUACUUUCAAGCCUGUCACCUACGAUGUGUCCAAGACCUUGAACACUAUUGAUAUCUUCGAGCAGAAGGCUGUGGAGAACGCAAAGUUGACCGAGAAGUCUGUCUUGGAAGAGAUCGAGCAGUUGCAGGCUACCUUGAAGGACAUUGAGGGUGCCAGACCAUUCGACCAGUUGACUGUUGACGAUGUUGCCAAGGCUAGACCAGACUUGGACGAGAAGGUCAACUACAUGAUCAACCACGGUAAGUGGGAGGUUCCUGGUUACAAGGAGAAGUUCGGUGACUUGACUGUCAUGUAA